AUGGCUUCCCUUACUGCGUCCCUGGAGACGGCCCGGUCCAGCCCCAGCGACUUUGUCUUCUGGUAUCCGUCCUGGGACACCUGGAAGUUCCGACGGACCCUCACAUACUGGAUCGCCGUGACGUUUGCGGAGGGCUCGGUGCUCUUUGUAAUGGGCGCCAGCUUUGCCAUGUCUGGCCUGGCAGACGUCACGUCGCCCAGCUACCACCGGGUUUCCGAUCUGGCCCUCGUGGGCACGCCCUACUGCAUUGGUGCCCUUUGCUUCACGGUGGGCGCCUACUGCGGGGUGUUGGAGGUGGUGAACUUGACGACCAGAGAGGGCGAGAGGCUGCAGUUCUUUGUCACGGGCGUGCGCCACGUGAGGCAGAUCGCGGCGGUGGUCGAUCUCAGGUGCUUCUGGUCCUACAUGGCCAACUUCGUCGGGGCCAUCGCCUUCAACGUGAACACCAUCUCUGGCUACUUUGAGCUUGGCUUUGUGCUGAAUCUCGUGCUGGUCUGGGGCAUGGCAGCUUUGGGUGGCUUUUGCUUCACCCUCGGGGCCGUGAUGGACUGUGGAAACAACAAGGUGUGGCGGCUGGACAUCCACACGGCUCAAUGGUGGGCCAGCGUUGGCAAUUUGAUUGGCGGCAUCUGCUUUCUGGAGCCCGGCGUCGUGGGCCUAUUCUCGCCUUCGCAUGAAGUCUACUACUGGCUUAUCGACUUCGUCUACCUCGUGGGAUCCGUUGCCUUCUUCGCUGCUGCCGUCUUCCUCAUGUGGAUGUGGAAGAAUGAGCAGUACGGCUUGGGACGAAUGCCCGAGCUCAACUCAUUCAUGCGGCCGGAGAGGUUGCCGACAAACCUCCUGGACUUUCACGCCGAGUACGGCUGUGGCAAGUCGGAUGCCUGGCAGAUUCCCUGGCUGCUCCUCUACGGCUUCAACGCGUCCCUCUCGGUCAUCGACAUCGCGAUCGUCAUUUUCGUGCCCAUCGAGAGCGAAGAGAACUCCUACCAGCGUGUGCUGCAGGCGCUCCUGAACUUUAUGCUCUCCCACGGCGUCCUCUUUCUGGGCUCCGUCCUCCACCACGUGCCGACGAAGAGGCCCUUCAGUUGGCUGGUGAUUUACAUGCGCUUCGUGCUCUCGCUCUACACGCUCCAUUCCGCGUGGUCCGUGUGGAAGGAGGUGAGAGAGCUGAGAAACGUCUAG